GGCAGCGGCCCCAACUCGCCGCAGCGUGUCGUCUCCAACUUGCGCGGCUUUCUCAGCCAUCGCCUGAGCAAUAUCACACCGAGCGAUACAGGUUGUUCACUGGCAUGCCAACAACUCACACACUAACAACAACAACAACAGCAAACACAGUAGCACGAAAUCAUGUAAGAAACAGCUGUGAGUGCAACUGCAACCGCAACUGCAACAAAGCAAACUGGAGUUAACCACAAACGAGCGAACCACCAAAAGUCAACCGCAAACGGAUGCAGCAGCCCAAUUUCCGGCAGCGGACAUGAAAUCGAAAAGCAUCAGAGCAGCAAGCAAAAGAGCAGAUCAACUAUAAGGGCUACACAUAGUACAAAGAAGGAGCGAGCGAGAGAGGCAUAGAGAGCACGCAAGCUAUUCUACAAAUAAAAUGUCCCCCUGCCUAAGCUACUAAACUGCAGCCUGCGGAGAGCAAGAGCGAGAGAGAGCGAGAGAGCGAUAGAGCUUAAGCAAUUCUAGAAUCAAAUCGAAAGAGCAGCUUGCAAAAUGGACGCCUGCUACUGAAGUUGUGCUUGCAGAGUGAAAGAGAAAGAGAGAUUGGAAGAGAUCAAGCGAUUCUUAGUACUUAAUCAAAAGAGAAGCAAAGCAAAAUGGCCUCGUUCCAAAUACCGCUGAUCAACCUGGAGGUGCGCGAGGUGAAGGAGAUUGUGUGGGAGAAGAUACAGGAGCCGGUGAAUCAGCGUCGCCUCAUCCUGGUCAUUGUCUCCAUUGCCUUGCUGUUGGACAACAUGCUGUACAUGGUCAUUGUGCCGAUCAUACCCGACUAUCUGCGCGAGAUUGGCAGCUUCGAUGAGGGCCCAACGCCGCCGCCACUCCGAGAUAAUGUCACUGGGCGAAUCAUUCCGACGCAUCACGAUCAUCACGGUCAAGACUCGGCCACGGGCAUACUCUUUGCCUCCAAGGCCAUUGUCCAGCUGAUGGUGAAUCCGUUCUCGGGCGGCUUGAUUGACAAAAUCGGCUACGACAUACCCAUGAUGAUCGGCCUGACCAUCAUGUUCUUCUCGACGGCCGUCUUCGCCUGCGGCAGCAGCUACAGCGUCCUCUUCUUCGCCCGCUCGCUGCAGGGCGCUGGCUCGGCGUUCGCCGACACCUCGGGUCUGGCCAUGAUUGCGGAUCGCUUCACGGAGGAGAACGAGCGAUCGCAGGCGCUGGGCAUUGCGCUGGCAUUCAUUAGCUUCGGCUGCCUGGUGGCGCCCCCUUUUGGCGGCGCUCUGUACCAAUUUGCGGGCAAAGAGGUGCCGUUCCUCAUAUUGGCUCUGGUCUGCCUGCUGGAUGGCCUGAUGCUGUUGCUGGUCAUGAAGCCCGUCAAGGAACAGAUCAGACAGAGCAAAGAGGUCCAGAACCAGGUAAUACCCAUCUGGCGCCUACUCAUGGAUCCCUACAUCGCCGUCUGCGCUGGAGCAUUGACCAUGUCGAAUGUGGCACUCGCCUUCUUGGAGCCCACCAUCUCGCUGUGGAUGGAGGACACUAUGACCACGGACAACUGGAAGAUCGGCAUGGUCUGGCUGCCCGCCUUCUUUCCACACGUGCUGGGCGUGGUCAUAACCGUGAAGAUGGCACGCAAGUAUCCGCAGCAUCAGUGGCUAAUGGCAGCCGGCGGGCUGGCCCUGGAGGGCUUGUCCUGCUUCGUCAUACCCUUCUGUGGGGGCUACAAGACGCUCAUGCUGCCCAUCUGUGUGAUCUGCUUCGGCAUCGCGUUGAUAGACACGGCGCUGCUGCCCACGCUGGGCUACCUGGUGGACGUGCGCUAUGUGUCCGUCUAUGGCAGCAUCUACGCCAUCGCGGACAUCUCCUAUUCGAUCGCCUAUGCCGUGGGGCCGAUCAUAGCGGGCGGCGUUGUGGAGGCCAUUGGAUUCACAGCGCUCAACUUUCUCAUCGCCUUCUCGAAUCUGGCCUAUGUGCCCGUGCUGCGCAAGCUGCGCAACAUCUACGACUUCAAGCCGUUCGAGAACGAGGCCAACAUAUUGAUGCAGGAUCCGCCCAACAAGGAGUACCAGACCUACGUCAUGCACGACCAGAAGCCCGUCGAGGGCGAGCUCAAGAAUCACCUCGAGUACGGCCAGCAGUACCAAUCGGAGCAGGAGACCAAUCUGGACGAGCAGCAGCAGCACCAGCAGUACGACUAUCAGCAGGCCGCUGGCUACCAGCAGGAUCAGAGCUACCAGCCGGGCUACCAGGAGCAGGGCGGCAGCUAUGCCCAGCCACGCGUGGCGAAUCCUUUCCAGCAGGCACAGCAGCAGCAGCAGCAGCAGCAGCCAAGCAGAGGUCCAGCUGGACCAGCGAAUCCCUUUAGACAAGGAUUUUAAACUGUUGUCUUCAAGAAAAGAUAUUAUCAUUUCUAUAUAUACAUAUACCUAUAAUUUUGUUGAACUCACCUUGAAUUUGGUUUAGGAUAUUACCUACAUAUAUAUAAAUAUAUAUAUAAAUAGUAAGUGGUACGUACACUAUAAAACUGCAUAUGGCAUGCAAAUAGUUCAAGUUCAGCUGCUAAAGCCCCCACGCACCAGUUUUGUAUCAUACACUGAUUGCACGCAGCUACACAUAGGAUAUACAUAUAUGUAGUAUAUUGGCACCGUUAUCGAUGUCGGUCCAACUAUACUCAGUACUCUAUACGCUGAAGCUAGAGCAACCAAAGCAUAGUCAUAAUUGGAUCAAACUCAAGGAGCAGCAGCGCUCGUUCCUAGUUCCGAUCUGCAACAGAUAUCACAUAUAUAUAUAUAUAUAUAUAUAUAUAUAUAGACACAUAGUUAUAUACAUAUUUAUACAAGCCGUAGCACGUAAGCGGCGCAGCGGAGCAGGCUGGACAGGUGCCACAGGUGUCGUCGUGCUGAGGAGCAGGCAAUGGCAUUCAUAUCGCAGACAUAUCACAAUUUGCACAAACCGAACUAUAUACACCCUUUCGUGUGCCAUUGCGACGCAUCUGUGGGGCAUCGUGUUGCCGCCCGACCGGCUGUGCCAUAUCAUUUGGAGUUUUGAAAACGAUUUUUGAUUUCAAGUAUUUACUGAUAUUUCUAACAUAAGACACAACCAAGGUAACGAUACAUAUCAGAGUCUCAAUGGCUCGCCUGUUUAAAUUACCAAAGUGAUAUUAACUAUUGCUAUUAGUACGAUAUAUGUACAUAUAUGGUGCAUGUAUGCACGAGUAUACAUCAAAUAUCGUCUAUAUAUACAUACAUACAUAUUUAUAUAUAUACAUAUAUAUGUUUAGUCCGUAACAAGAAUUUGAAAAUAUUAGAUGUUUCAUAUAUACCUACCAAUCAAUUAUUAUUUGCUUUGUCGACUCUAUGCGACCGUUGGCUAAGCCCCCUCUAUAUCUAUGUGUAUACAGGGUAUAGCCUAGGCCUAGCAGCUCGAUAAUAGCAUAGCAUAAAUGUGUGUACCUUGUGUAUGUAUCGACAGAUACAUUAUCUCAACUUAGCUAACUGUACGUUAAAUAUAUAUAUAUAUAUAUCAUUUUAAUUGCACUCAUAUUUUGCAGACAGCUUUUUAUAGCUGCUCUCUAUAUAUACAUAUAUUAUACACCUAUUCUGUCUAGGAUCUAAGUCAACUGAACAUUUUUGUAUAACAAUUACUGUACACAGUUAAUUAUCACAAUCUUUUAUAGUCUGUUAUAUAGGUCAAUUGGAUUGCGUAAUCAGGCAGGCAGACUAAGCUGAAAGUGAGGCUGACAGCUAUCAAGUCAGAUUCUUGAGAUAUUCUAAUGGGAUAUACUAGUUUAGUGGAAUAUUGGAAUAUAGUUUUUUAGUUUCUCUUCAAAUUAUUUUGCUUUAAUGUAAACUUAUUUUAUCUCUAGCUCAUGUCACUGUUUCUAGAUCCAAAUUGGGAAUAUCUAAAAUGAACUCAUUUAACAGUUUAGUGUUAUGGAUUGAUUACAAAAUGUCAUCAAAUUUAGUUGGUCUGUGUUAGCACAUAUAUACAUGAAUAUAUAUACAUAUAUAUCUAUUCCAUAGAUAUUUAUAGAUUUUGAAUGUGUAUUACAUAAUAAUUACGCUAGUUGAAACUCUUGAACAUUCUAUAUCCGUAAACAUAUCAGUGACACGGCCAUUUUUUCAAAUUAACAGCAAAGUUAUCUAAUCUGCGAGUAUAUAUAUGUAUAUAUACAUAUAUACCAUAUACAGUUAGAGCUUAUUUUGAGGAAUUUUAAGAAGCAGAAUACCAGCCUAGUUUAUAUAGCCCAUAUACUGCAAAAAUAUAUACAUAUAUACAUACAUAUCUAUCGAACUAUAUGUCUAGCAAAUGCACUGAUUUUCAAAGCAAUUAGUUAAGCAACCGUUUUGAAUAGAUCAUAAUAAGUAUAUAUACAUAUAUAUUCAAUACCCGAUAUAUACUGUUUUCUCCUUUAUGUGGCACUCCGUUUGUAACCUGUAUAUUAUCAUUUAGCAUACAUAACAUAUAUAUAAAUAUAUUUAUAAUACAUUUUAAGCAAGCUCUUAGUAAAUAUGAAUGAAUGAAAACUCAUGAAAAAAUCUCCCAUCAAACGUAUCAAUUAAAACAAGUACACACCGUACGAGCAGAAUCUUAAAAAAAACACUAUAUAUACUAUAUAGAAUGGAAUAAAGAAUUAAUAUAUAUAUAGUUUAUGUAUGAUUACGAUCCAUGUUAACAUAGCAUAGAAGCAUCAAAGGUUCAUUUCAAACACACACACACACACACACGUCACAAGCAGAGUCUUAAAGAUAAUGCCACGAUCCGUUACGAAUGAAUCGCUACAUAUACAACACUAAAUAUAUAUAUAUAUAUAUAUAUAUAUACAGUCAGUAUCAGUAUACAUAUUUAAAUAACAUUUCGGAAAGCAAUAUACCAAUUAGUUAAAAAACAAUUAUAUAUAAACUAUGAAACAGAAAGAGAAACUAGAUUUACAUACAUAUGAAGCUGUACAAACAUUCUGUUCAUUCAAAAUGGUCUUCUGUUCCGAAACCAAAUCCAAAUCCAAAUUCAAAACCAAAAUCAAAUUCAAA